UAUUCCCGUCCCUGUCUAGCUACUUUGAUGUCCCUGUCUAGCUACUUUGAUGCGUCCCUGCGUCCGCCGCCAGAGAGCGGCGAUGCGGAAGAAGACGAGAGGGAUUCCUGGGACUGGGGGGAAGCCCUCAUCGACAGCGUCGCCUACAUGAUCGACGAGAGCAACCACACGUCCGCUCGCUGCCCCUUCACCACGAGAGAGGGCAGCCCGGAGCAGCUUCAGGUCACUUUCUGCCUCAACCCGCCGCCGCAUGUUUCCUACUUCUCCAUAGCCUACACCAGCGGCGAACCCACCCGGUUCGUCUACGAGCCUCGGAUACUUGCCACGGCGGGCAAUCUCGCCCUCAUCUGCGCGAGGCACGGCCCCGGCUCGCUGGGCAGACCCAAGUACAACUUCUUCGUCUACCAUGCCCCCACCCGUCGCCAUGAAUCCCCCAGGCUAGGGCUGCUUCCCCACCCGGAGCCCGACCUGUUUCCAUGGGACAAAUACUGCUACUUCACCCAGGGCGAGGUUGGCAUCCUCCGCUACCGCACCAGGAGCCACAGACCCCCCUUCAUCAUCACCCACACUACUCCCAAAAACGACGAAUACGAUGCCUACAAAAUCGCCACGAUUUAUACCCGGAUCGAGGAAUCAGGGAUCACGGACUACGACCUCUUCAUCUACGAUUCCAAGACUGAGGCUUGGACCCGCGACGCUACUGUUUUUCCGCAGGAGCCUCCUCGACAUUUUAGUUCCGACAGGGUCGUCACCAUCGCCCGCACCAUGGUCUGGGUCGACCUAUCGCAGGGCAUGAUCCUCUGCGACUUGCUGCACGCGCCGCCUCAGGAGGAUAAAAGCACCGGGGAAGGGCGCCCGAGGCAGCUUCGCUACAUCCCGCUGCCCAAGUCGGUGCGGCCACUAGGCCCGCACGAAAUCCCGUCCUUCUCUCGGGAUGUCGCCGUCGUUGAUGGCCGCGUCAAGUUCGUCGCCCUUGAGAUCGACAGCAGCUGCCCGGGCCGGUGGACCGCUGCUACGUGGAGCAUGUCAGUUGGUGAUUCAGAGUUUCGAAAGGACGGGGAGGUGAAAUGUGCUGAUAUUGCCCCCUCCGAUGCGUUGGAUCUUGGGUCUUUCUUUGUUGGCCACCCAACUCUCAGCUCCCACUGUGGCGAUAUUCUCUACCUCAUGGCCAAGGCUAGUCUAUAUGCACUUGACCGCGAGUCAAUCGUGAUUGCUGUUGACAUGAAGAACAUGAAGGUGGGGCGAGUUGCCAAGUACACCAUGCAAAGAGCAGGCUGCAUGACCUUCGCCUACAUGCACACUACCAUCUCCAAGUAUCUCGCUCCACCACGAGAUUCAAAAGGUAACAUGAAACGACGAGGGCAGAUCUUGCUGGGAUCCUUUCACAAGAAGCCGCAUGUGAUUACUUUCAUGUCCGGGCAUGGCGAAGACCAAGUGGAAGGAGCGGGUGAUCACAUGUACGAUCUGCCAUCGAUGAGCGACGACGAGGAUAAUAUGGACUUGGGAUAAGUCGUUGGCCGUAUAGCACUGCUUUUUCAUAAGCUCUGAAUAUGGUAACAAGAAAAAAAUGGUAUUAUUGUUAUGGCACACGCACUAGGGGAAUCCAGCGCUAUUGCCGAGAUAAAGUACCUCAUGCUGAAAAGCUAUAUGGAUCCUUCUUGUGGAAAGACUUACUCAAGAAAGUUGAUAAUUUCAGAGAAGUUUCGGUGGUUAAACCGGGUGUUGGUAAUACUUUUCUUUUUGGGGAAGAUAAGUGGGUUCUAUCUGAUGUUGUUCAUCCGCUUAAGUGUUGAGAUGUCCUAGAAUAUUCUCAUUUGUUCGGAAUGCUAAUCUUUUGGCUGCUCAAGUCUAUGCUCAUUCAGAGUUUCUAGAUUUAUUCCAUUUGCCUCUGACCAUAUUCGCUUUUGAAGAGUUGCCGGAGCUAAAGGAUUUGUUGAGUUCUAACCAUUCGAGUGAUCAAAUGGAUGUAUGGGUAUACAAUUGGGGAGAUAAAUAUAUCUUAGCAAAGUUCUAUGC